ACCAACCAACAAACCAACCAACCAACCAACCAGUCGAACAGCCAACAAGGAUUACGUGAUCUAACCUAAGCAAUAAAAACCAAUCUAAAUUAAAGAAAAGCAAGAAAAAAAAGCAAAGAGAUCCAAAGACUAAAGUGUUUGCCAUGCGUGUGUUAUCGGUCUUUGUUGGUGGCCUCAUCGCCCUGCUGGGCUCUGUCCAGGCACUUCCUGAGCCUCCCUCGCCCUACUAUGGAUUACCCCAGCAGCAGAGCCAGCGCGCGCUGCCUUUAAAUGCUCAUUCUGCGGCGUCACACAUCUAUCAGUCGCUGCCACAGGAACAAUCGUUUGCCAACUUUGCCGCGCCACAAGCUGCACCACAAAUGAACUAUCUGCCUCCAGUGCAGCAGCAACAGCAGCAGCCACAACAGGAUGAGCAACUGGCACCGGCUGUGGACUCGUUGAGCUCCUAUGAUGACUCCUACAACAUGGCGCAUCGUUUGUCCGGCGUUCAGCAUGCCAGUGGCUAUAAUAAUGCUCCACAGGAGACGCGGGUGCAUAAGCACAUCUAUGUGCAUGUGCCGCCCAAGGACUUUGAGGAGGAGGAUGCUGUGCAGCCGCGUGUGCAUCAUGAGCUGGGACCUAAGCAGAAGCACUACAAGAUUGUGUUCAUUAAGGCACCAUCGGCUCCGGCGCUGCGUGCACCAAUUGUGCCACCGCCACCACAGAACGAGGAGAAGACUCUGAUCUAUGUGCUGCACAAGAAGCCCGAUCAGGAUCAGGACAUUGUCAUUCCGUCGCCGCCACCCACCAAGCCCUCCAAACCCGAGGUCUACUUCAUCAAGUACAAGACCAAGAAGGAGGAGGUGCCUGUCUAUGGACCUCCACCAGCCGAUAUGGAUCCCCGCCAGGCCAUCGCCGACAACUUUGCGCCCUUGGCUGAUGUGGUUGAUGUUGUGCCCACCACCAUUGCACCCGAGCCGGAACAGCCUGCUGCUGUGCCCUCCUCCAUCUACGGUCUGCCCACAGCAGCCGCCUACACCGGCGAGGAAGUCCAGACAACGCUAACCGCUCCCGCCCAUCAAUAUUUGCCCCCGGCAACGGCACCCGCUUCCCUCGGCAUCGAGGAACCCUCCAUGGCGCCCAUCAUCGUCGAGGAGCCCGAGCAGCGUCUGUCCAUCGAUGCGCCCGCUCCCACAUCUGCCCAUGUGCCUGCCAGCAACUAUGGUCCUCCCAGCCGCUACUUCCUCAAGAAGGUCAAGUAAUCAUUGGCAGUAGGAAAAUCUACUCCUACUACUUAGUCUAAAUGGAGUGCCACAUAAGACACGCCCACAUGCAGCACACACUCACUUACACUCCCACACACACA